CUGCAAAAAAUCGCAUCCCAGCAAGGUAAAGUUGAAUAAUGGUUGUAUUUUGUUAUUGUCACUUCAACUAGUUUUCAAUAAUCAAUCAAUGUUUUUUUCACGUAACAUUCAUUGUCUUUCUUAAGACAAGUGUAAAGACCUUAGAAUUUCAUGAUUGGCAGAAUGUGUGCUUCCUCCCGUUUCUGUUACUGAAAUAUUGCAAUUGUCUGACGGAUUGCAUCAUCCUAAGUAACGGUAACCUAGGUUAGGUACGUCAUCUCAAAAACUUGAAUUGGAUCUCAUCCAAACAUGGGCACAUGGAUAUUCUGGUUUUCAGUUCAAUUGUCUACCCAUCAGUGAUGAACUGUCCUGAACUUCUUUCUAGAAACAUCUUUGUGAUUGAAGGUUGUCAUCUUUGGUUCUGCUCUUGAAAGUUUUUACGAACUAUUUCUAAGCUUGGUUGGACAACAUCUUAUCUAAAGUGAACUUAUUUGUUUUUAAGUGUAUUCUGUACAUCUAUUGCAUAUAUUUGAUUUAAAACCCUUGAAAACAAUAAAUAAAGAGGAACAUGAGCACCUACGUACACAACAUGGACGUACCGACCAAGAAGGCAACCUUCGGCAUGGCCUGCUUCUGGGCGCCCGAUGCACUCUACGGAGCCACAAUCGGUGUGAUUCGAACCCGAGUCGGCUACUGUGGCGGCACCAAGAACAACCCCACCUACCGCAGUUUGGGUGACCAUACAGAAGCCAUUGACAUUGACUACGACCCUAACGUAAUAACCUACGCCCAACUUUUGGAGCUUUUCUGGCAAAACCAUGAUCCCACUGCUAGGAACAAAUUGCAGUACACAUCGAUAAUUUUCUACCACGACGAAGAUCAGAAAGAAGCAGCUGACAAAACGUUGAAAGAACAACAGAAGAGGCACAAAGCACCCAUCGUCACUAAAGUCAUUCCAUUCAAAGAAUUUUUCGACGCUGAAGACUACCACCAAAAAUACCGUCUCCAACAACACCCGUGGCUGUGCUCCGAGAUAGGGGUGGGCAAGACGUCUCCCCUGCUGAAGACGUCGCACCUGGCCGCACGGCUCAACGGCUACAUCAUCGGUCAGGGCGGGGUGGCUCAGUUCAACCGCGAGGCAGACCUGUUGGGUCUACAGGGACAGGUGAAGGACUAUGUCAGCAAACUGGUCGCCGAGAACGAGGGCAACGGCCUCAUCUGCUAGGCAAAAGUAUUAUCCGUUCACAACAGUGAUUUUUUUCAUGAUUUGUCUAAUUAUUGAUUUGAAUUAUGAUUUGAAACUUUGAAUUAUUGAUUGAUUUGUAGUUAAUUAUUGGUAUCAUCCAGUAAUGAUUUAUCUAUCAUUGAUUGAUGUGCAGUUAAUUAUUGGUAUUAUCCAAUAAUGAUUUAUCUAUUAUUGAUUGAUUUACAGUAACUUAUUAAUUUAUUGAAGGUUUAUUUUUGUUUUAUUAUUGGCAAUUGAUUUAUUUAUGAUUGAUUAUUGAUUGAUAAAUAAUCUAUCGAUUUAUUAUUACUUGAUAACUGGCAAUUGAAUCAUCUAUAAUUCAGUCAUAAUUAUUGACAAAUUUUCCAAUGAUGUGUGAUUUCAUAAUUUGGACUAAAUUAACUUUUAACUAAAUUAUCCAGUAAUUAUUUGUCUAUUAUUGUUUGAUUUGCAGUUAAUAUUGGUAUUAUCCAGUAAUGAUUUAUCUAUCUAUUAUCGAUUGAUUUGCAGUAACUUAUUAAUUUAUUGAAGGUUUUUUUUUGUUUUAUUAUUGGCAAUUGAUUUAUGUAUGAUUGAUUAUUGGUUGAUCAAUAAUUUAUCGAUUUAUUAUUACUUGAUAACUGGCAAUUGAUUUAUUUAUGAUUGAUUAUUGGUUGAUCAAUAAUUUAUUGAUUUAUUACUACUUGAUUAUUACUACUACUUUAAUACCUGGCAAUUGAUUCAUUUAUGAUUGAUUAUUCAGUCAUACUUAUUGACAAAUUUUCAAGUGAUGUGUGAUUUCAUAGUUUUGACAGCAUUAACUUUCAAUCUUGGGACAGGCUCAGCCUAGUUUUUUCUCCAUGUCAUAAUAAUUAUAUUAUGGUGUUUUGUACAAUAAAUGAAUAAAAUAGUUUGCUCCAUAAUAACUGAUUGAUCAGUUCUUUGAUUGUAUCAUUUAUCAAUUGGUAAAUUUUAGUGAAAUGUUGUUGAAUUUCAAUUAAAUAAAUAAAUUAGUCUGUUUUACAUUAAAUUAUUGAUUUUUGGUGAUUGAUCAGUUAAUUGAUUGCAUCAUGAUAAUUUAUUGAUUAAUUGAUGCAGCGGUCAUCGAGGGUUAAUUGGUAAAUGUCGGGGAAAUGUUGGAUACUAUUAUAUAAAGGGUGUUGUGUGCGAAUUGAUCUGUUGUUAAACUUGUCAGUUUUAUUUUCAUCAUUACUUGACACUUCACAGUUUCCUGUUUCUUAUUUAAAUUAUUUGUUCAAAAUAUGUGAGAUUCAUUAUUUGGCUAUUCUAUCUCCAAUCAUUUUAUGAUUAAAUAAAUUUCCAUCAUCAAUUAUUUACGAGUUUAUCUCUUGUUGCCACAAAUUACUACUAUGGCUUGAAAUCUCUAUGCAAUUUGUGAUAUUUGUCUUAUUUUACUCCGUUGAUUUUAUUGUGUAAUAUUCUAUAGCACUGUUUCUUUCUUCUUGUCUUAUUUCAUUUUAUCAUUAGUUUGAUAUUUUUCUGUUAUUGGUUUAUUUAUUCAUCUGCUUUGCUUUUGCCCGAUUUUCAUAUGAAAUUAAUCAAUAUAACUUGUGAAACAAUUUUGAUAAAACGCAUUUUUAAAAGUUUAUCAUUAGUUUGAUAUUUUUCUGUUUUAGGUUUAAUUAUUUAUCUGCAUUGCUAUAUGAAAUUGAGCAAUACGAUUCAGUAAAACCAUCAUUUGAAACAAUUUUGAUAAAACGCAUUUUUAAAAUACUUUCUUGUAUCGCUGUUUACUAUUGUACCUUUAAAUAGGUGAAUUUUUGUGAUCACAGUAUAGUUAGAAAUCUUUGUAAAAGUAGUGAAAAUAUUUUUAUUAGUUAGAUACAUUCUCAACAGUGUCAAUGUUUUAUUAAGAUUAAAAAAUUGUAGAUUAACUUGAUAAAAAUAACUGCUUUUUGCAACGCAUUUUAUCUUUGACAAAAUAUUUAAUUUUGGAGUAAUUUUUCAACAGCUUCUUUAUACAUGACUAUUUCAUCCAAUAGAAAAUUGUUCAUUUCAAAUUUUAUUGACUAAAAUUGUUGAAUUUGAUUAUUUAUCUAACUGAAGUGUGUAUCAGUGAUUAGAUUCGUAUUUGCUGAUGAUAAUGGAUGAUUAAAAUAUUGUUCAAAUUAAUUAGUAUAAAUAAUCAGUUUAUACUAUUUUAUGCUGUUUUUGUUGCAGACUAGUUAACUUUCCCUAACCAUCAAAUUUAAAAUAUUGUUCUCAAUUCUAUAUUCCAUUAUCAUCAAUUUUUAUUAUCUCAUUCGUUUUAUUUUAUUCUUUUCUUGUUCCUAUCUAGCUUUCCAUUUAAUUACUUCUCCAUUAUUUUUUCUUCUUUCUCUUCUUUUUUUUAAUAUUUGUGAUUAUGUUAUCAUUAAACACAUUCCCUUAUAAUCAUUCAUCAGGCUGUCAUAUUAUGUGUGGUUUUAUAUUGUAGUGAGCUAUAUACGAAUUAUAAUUCUAAUGUUUGAAAUAUUAUUAUUUUGAAAAAAUCAGAUUCAUUUAUUUUAUUGUGUAAAUUCUGGCUGCUGUUGUAAACAAUUAUUAGUUGAUAGUAUUAUUAGAUUAUUUUGUCUAUACUCAUGUAUACGAUUCUGUUUCAACAGUUUAGAUGUUUUCUUUAAUAAAGUCAGAUAUUUUCAAAUAAA